UCACGUGACUUUGUUUGCAUACAAAGAUAAUUUUGGUACUCCUCCGCCCCUUACUAAGUUACUGUUAUUUUCAUCUAAAAUUUAUUUUUUUGUUAUAAUCAAUCACUAAGAUCUCUAGAUCUAGAUCUAUAUGGUUAGAUCUAUUUGAAGUUGAUCUACAGUAGUAUAAUUAUUUAUGUAUAGAUAUGUUAAUAUAUUUCUACAUCUAAUGUUGUAAAGUUAAAAAUCUCAAUAUACUUAAAUGACAAUAAGUGGAAAUCAAGGCUUCAGCAUUCCAACAAUUCCUCCAGAUUUACGUAGAGAAGAGACAUUUCUCCAAAUUUCAGAUGCCCUAGAUUAUUUAGAUAAGGUAGCUAAUGAAGUAUAUGCUCGAAUAGGCAAAAGAGUGGAAGAAAACAAGACACACCUUCAAAAAAUUAAUGAUAGAGUGAAUUUAGCAGCAGCCAAAGUAGAGAAACUAAAGGGCAGUAACAAGGCCACCAAAGUAUUUGCAAGUGCUAAGUACCCUGCUGAAAAUAAUCUUGCCCCAUUCAGAACAACAUUUUCAAACACAGAUGGUGUGCGGGAGAUCAGGCAUUCUCAUUUCAAACCUCAAGAAAAACAUGCUCAAGUGGAUGAAAGAAUAUUGAAAGAUAAACUACAAUUUUACAAUGUUCACUUAGGAACAAGAGCUAAAAAAGACCCAAGUCAUCAAGGUGAAGGUCUUGGUGGACUGCCUAGAAAUAUCCCAUCUGUCAGUUCACUGCUCUUGUUUAAUACAACAGAAAAUCCCUAUAAAAAGUAUGUCAUGUUGGAUCCACUUGGUGUUGUUACCAAGACAAGGUCAUCCAUUGAAGAAGAAGUGAAAGCAAUGGCAGAGGCUCCAUCCACUAUACUGCGCAAUGAAGACAUGUUCAGAAUUUCUGCUGAAAACUAUUUAUACAUGCCAGAGAUCGGAACAGUUCCUGAAAUUGCAGUCCCCGACCUUUUACCUAAUUUACCAGGUGUGGCAGAUGAUUUAGCCUUUAGUGGUGACCAGGGUCCAUCUAUAGCUCCUUCUGUGAUGAGUUCUAUGCCUGAACUACCUUCAGUCUUGCCUGAACAGGAUGUUUCUCCAUCUGGCCCUGGUUCAAGUACAACCCAACCACCACCACCACCUCCUCCUCCAGGUCCCACGGCUGAAAUGGCUCCACCACCACCUCCCCCACCACCAUCAGGACCUCCCCCGCCUCCACCUCCUCCACCACCACCUCCCCCAGAUGCUCCCCCUCCUCCACCAGGGGGACCACCUCCUCCACCCCCUCAGAAUGUGCCUAAGGACGUCGCCCAGCCAUCUAGUGGGCGUCAGAGUCUUCUGGACUCUAUUGUAAAAGCUGGGGGCGCCUCCGGUGCUGGCUUGAAGUCUCAUAAAGACAGGAAGCACAUCAACAAAAAGAAGAAGCAGGAAGAAAAAGAGCAGAGCUCUGCUGGUGCAAGUAAAGGAGGGGGCGGAGAUUUGAUGAGUGAUCUGUUUUCAAGGAUAAGCAUGAGACGAAAAGGUAUUUCAGGUACAUCAAAGCCUGGCCCAGCUGAGAAAACAGAAAGUACACCAAACUUGGGUGCGAUGGAAAAAAUUUCCUCCCUGAUACCAGCACCCCCUAAAAACAGUGACUCUGCAAAAGAGGCUGGUAGUGAGGAUGACUGGGAGUAGAGAGCUAACAUUGAAUUUUUUAGUUAAUCUGAUUUCCUGUUGAAAUAUAAAUAAAUAUUUAUAAAUUCUACGAAAUGUAUUGAAAUAUAUAUAUUUCAAUAAUAUGCUUUAAUUUUUUUUUUUUAAGAAUUAUAUUAGUUUCGAGUAUAAUAAUGACAAAAAUUAAAUUUUAAAUGGUUUUAACAUUAUUUCACUAAAUUUUGCCUUUUUAUUAAUUAACCUGGUUAUGCAUUAAUUACACAUAUUCAAGAAAAAGGUUUUCCUAACAAUAUAUAAUAAUAAUAUGGCAUUACUUUGAGUUUAAAGAGAGAGAACAAAGCAGCAUUUCAGGAGAUAUUGCUGACCUAAUUUUGACUUGCUUGAACUCAAGACAUAGCUGUUGUCUGAUGAGCCUGAUUUAAAAAAUAUGUAAAUUAAUACCUCUUCCUUUUUUUUUUUUUUAUUCCUUUUUAGAUCAAUCUGAUACUUCAGUACCAAAUUUGCAAUAUCUUAUAGGCGAUUUCACAGUUGAUAUUUACUUAAUGAAUGUUGUUUUUUUUAUAGUGAGUUUUUAAUGGAAUGUGUUAAACUAAUGUGUAUUUCUUUAUUUCACAAUAUACUUGACAAUAUGUUACAUAUUUGUGAUGUCAUCUAUUUGUUUCUACAUAUUGUUAUUGUUUUUUUUUUCUUCAGUUUAACUGAAGAUUCGUCUGUUAAGUUUAGAUUCAUGACCUAUUGUAUAUAGGCAUUGUCUUCUAUUCCAAAGAUAAUUAGAGUGAAUUAUUUCAUGCAAACUUUUGUUGUAAGGCAUGGCAUAUUAAAUUAGAUGAUGGCAAAAUAAAAUAUUGAACAUUUCAUACAAAUCAAA